GCGUCCCUCCGUCAGGGAAGCGGCGGUGCCCGAGUCCACUACUUCGGUCGUCUGCCUGGAAGGCGGCCGCCCUUCGGGCGCCGCGCCGAAAGCGCACCCACGAGGCAGGAAAGAUGUGGGUGUUUGGUUACGGGUCCCUGAUCUGGAAGGUGGAUUUCCCCUACCAGGACAGGCUGGUCGGAUACAUCACGAACUAUAGCCGACGCUUCUGGCAGGGUAGCACCGACCACCGAGGGGUCCCGGGCAAGCCUGGAAGAGUUGUGACUCUUGUUGAAGAUCCUGGGGGAUGUGUAUGGGGUGUUGCUUAUAAACUCCCAGUAGGAAAAGAAGACGAAGUAAAAGCAUCCCUUGACUUCAGAGAGAAAGGAGGCUACAGAACCACAACAGUCACUUUUUAUCCAAAAGAUCCCACAACAAAACCAUUCAGUGUGUUGCUAUAUGUUGGAACAUGUGAUAAUCCUAAUUAUCUUGGUCCAGCACCUCUGGAAGACAUUGCUGAACAAAUUUUUAAUGCAGCUGGUCCAAGUGGAAGAAAUACAGAAUAUCUUUUUGAACUUGCAAAUUCUAUCAGAAGCCUCAUCCCAGAAGAUGCAGAUGAGCACCUUUUCUCUUUGGAAAAAUUAGUGAAGGAACGUUUAGAAGAAAAGUAGAACCUCAUUUGCACAUAAAGACCUAAUAACUGAAUUUGCCGAACAAGCAAAGCUUUCUGUCUUCAGAGAGUAACUUCAGUGCACAAUGGCAAUGUGUUUUGGAAAUGUGUUUUCUUGAAGAUAUUUUUAAUGUUCUAGUCAGGACAUCAUCUAGCUUUAUAGUUUAAUUGCAAGUGUCCUGAAAUACACUUAGAAGAUUGGCAUAUAGAAAAAGAAGAGGCCUGGGUAGCUCAGUGGUUCUGCCACCUGCCUCUCAAGUACACGGACCCAUGUUUGAUCCCUGGUACCAAAAAAAAGAAAAAGAAGAAAAUUCAAGUUUUAAUAAUAUGAAUUCCUAACUAUGUGAUAUUAAACACUUGUUCAUUAUAAGUGAGUUCUUUAGAAAUAUACAGAAGGGGACUCAGUUAAGUUUGUGUUUUUAUCAGAAUAAAAAUACUACUAAAUUUAUAGAGAAUUAAACCCAAAAAUGUAAAAUUUAUACCUUCAAGAUUUUCCUAUAACAUUUAUAAACACAGUUUAAAAUACAAACUUAAAAUGUGUAGUUAGAAAUAUAUGGUUGGGCUGGGGAUUUCGCUCAGUGGUUCUGCUGCCUGCCUUGCAAGCACAAGGACCCAAGUUUGAUCCCCGGUACCAAAAAAAAAAAGAAAGAAAUAUAUGGCAGUAUAGACAAGAUUUCAGUCUUGAUUUUGAAUUUUCCUAAGGUAUUACAUAAGACUGGUUUUUUCCCAGUACUGGGGAUGGAACUCAGGAGCUUGUGCUUGGUGAGGCAGGCGCGGUGCCACUGAGCUAAAUCCCCAGCCAAUAAGACUUUCAAAUUUAGGCCAAAAAAUGGAACUGUGUAAUACAAAAAUUUCCUUGGAAUGAUAAUGUGCUGUAUGUCUCUUUUUUUUUUUUUUUGGUACAUCUCCUUUUUUGAUGAAAUGCAUUGUGCUACAUAAAAAAAAAUUAAAGAGCACAAAUUACAUUGUACAAAUCACAUCCACACUAAUGACAGCACCAUUCACUUUGUUUUAUCUUAUAGUAAAUCUAAAAAAAUGUGAUUUCUGACAAGGAUUAACAGAACCAUAGGUAAUGAAAGUUUUACAUUUGAACAGCUGCUAUAAUUUUUAAAGUAAAAAAUAGCAUUCCCUGAUUAUGUGCUAUAGUUUUUUUUCUUUCUUACACCUUGUCACCUAAAAGUAUAAACUUUUUAUAUUAUACUCAGGAAUAUAGGAAACAAAUACUUAAAUUACUAACUCAUGAAUAGCCUUGAUUCAAGCUAAUCAGAUUACUCCUGAUUGUGAUUUUUUUCUUUCUCAACAGGACGUAAGGUCUCUCUAGAAUCUUUCAAAAUUAAAGAAUUUUAAUGUUAAAUCUAAUAUGAAACUUAUUAAAACUUAAAGCCCAGGGGUGCCUAAUAAUUGGUACAAAAGCUUUUCAUAUAAAACUGUCCUGUGUAGUAGGAACACUUGUCCUUUUCUUAUUUUUCCGUUAGCCCCUUCCUUAGUAAUUUACUCAGCUAUCUACUUUAAAUAUUUGUCAACUGUUUAAAUAUUUAGUUUUCCAGAAGGCAUUUCACUUGCCUAGUACUACAGACAGUACUAAAUAUUUACUGAGAAAUCUCAUAAGGAUGCACUAGGCACUUUACAAUACAGAGGCAUAUGUCCCCAUUUUGGGGGUAACUCCUCUGAGCUUGCUUCCAUAGUAAUCUGCACAUUUACACAUUUAACAAAUGGCAGAAAUCCAGGUCUCUCUCAUUUCACAGGACAAGAUCCUUCUACAAUAUCCUUAACCACAACUUUACCCUGGAAGUUUCCCCCAGGAGAAAACAAGAUUAAUGCUUUUCUGUAAAUGAAAUAGUAUGUAACUUGCUACAUAAAGAUGUUAAGGGUACUAGCCAGGUGUUCACUUUUUUUAGAAAUUCAAUAAAAUAUGAAUUUAAACUCUA